CCUCACAAUGGCUUCGUCUUCGGCGUCCAUCUCCGCAGCCCCAAUUCCUCCCGAGGAUGUUACCAAAAUCCUCCGCAAAGUCGACCGUCGACUCAUUCCCAUCCUGUUUUUCACGUACAUGUUGAACUUCAUGGACAAGACCAUCCUCUCUAGCGCGUCGGUCUUCGGUCUCAUCGACGACACGGGCCUCGUCGGCCAACAAUACAGCUGGGUCUCCAGCAUCUUCUACUUCGGCUACUUCUUCUGGGAAGGGCCCACCAACAUCCUCAUCCCCCGCCUCCCCGUCGCCAAAUACCUGACCGCGAACACACUCUUCUGGGGCGCCGUGGUGGCCCUCACGGCCGCCUGCGUCAACUACGGCGGGCUCCUCGCUGUACGGUUCCUACUCGGCGUGGCCGAAGCCACCAUCACCCCAGCAUUCAUGUUCAUCACGACGUCGUGGUACACGCGCGACGAGAUGCCCGUGCGCACGGGGAUCUGGUUCUCCGGAAACUCGAUCGGCGGGCUAGUCGCGAGCCUGCUGGCGUACGGGGUCGGACAUAUCGCGGCGCCGCUGAACCCGUGGCAAUGGAUGUACAUCAUCCUGGGGGUGGCGACGUUUCUGUGGGCGUUUGUGCUGCUGCUCUUCCUGCCGGAUAGUAUCUCGACAGCGAGGUUCCUGACCCCCUCGGAGCGCACGCUCAUGACGCACCGCGUCCUCAUCGCGGGGACCGGACGCACUGAGAAAACGGCGUGGUCGUGGACGCAGGCGCGCGAGUGUCUGAUCGACCCCAAGACGGGGUUCUUGUUCUCGAUUGCGCUGCUCACGCAGAUCCCGAACGGCGGGACCCAGAACUUCAGUAACUUGGUGAUCAAGUCAUUUGGGUUCACGUCGCUGCAGUCGACGCUGAUCAACAUCCCCACGAGCAUCAUUAGUGCGGCGACGAUCGCGGUGACGGGGUGGAUGGCGGGACGGUUGCAGCGCGCGACGUGUCUGCUGAUUGUGGGGAUUGUGCUGCUGAGCAUCACGGGCAGUGCGAUCAUCUAUGCGCGGGCGCAUGUGCCGCUGGGGGCGCAGCUGUUCGGGUACUUUCUGCUGGCGACGGGCCCGGGAGCGCUGCCGUUGACGAUGUCGCUGGUGCAGGCGAACUAUAAGGGCGUGAGCAAGAAGAUGACCAUGACGGCGCUGAUGUUCGUGGCGUACUGCGCGGGCAACAUUGCCGGGCCGCAUCUGUUUCGCAGCAGCGAGGCGCCGACGUAUCAGACCUCGUUCCGGGCGAUCCUGGUGUGUUAUAUCAUUGCGGGCGCGAUGGCGUUGGCGCUGAGGGGGUAUCUGGCGUGGCUGAAUGGGCGCAGGGAUGCGACGGAGGGCGUCCGAGGGGAUGCCGGGCUGGCAGGCGUAGUGACGGUGGGAAAAGCGCAGCAGGAGAGUGAGCAGCCGCGACAGGACGUGUCGGAGUUGGUGCAUUCGGUGGAGUUGAGGCCGGAGGAUUAUGAGGAUGUGACGGAUUGGAAGACGGUGGGCUUUCGGUAUCGGCUGUAGAGGGUGGAUUCUAUGCGACCAGAAGGAGAUACGAAAUGGCAAGGUUCUCUUGCGUGGAUUAAAUCGAGCCCUUUUCUACCGGCAGAUCCCUAG